ACUAUUUUCUUUGUUACGUUUCGGUUUAAAAUGGUUUGAUUUACUAAAUUGAGCUACCUAGGCUAUUGUUAUUUUGUUGACAUUUUAUGAGCUAUAAUUGUUGGUAAUCCUUUCAAUGCCAUAGAUUUCUUUCCAGUCCAAAUACAAUAAAUGUUUAAUUUCAAAUCUAAGUUUCCUAAUCUGAUUGUUACUAUAAAUUUUUUUUGAUUCAAAAUUCACAUCCCAUAAAUAAAACUAUAGAAGAAAAUAUGAUAUAAUACAUCAAUUACCAAUAUAAAAAUUUAAGUUAUAUAAUUUAUAAUAUUCAUUUAAACUCUUUAUAUAAUUGAAUAAUUUUUAAUAAAAAUAAACGUCAGAAUUAAAAAUUGUUAGGUGUAUAUAAGUCCGCACAAGGUGGAGACAUCAACUAGUAUAUACAUACAUUAUUUUUAUGAUAUAACCAGGCACCAUAGUCAUGGAGCUUCAUUUGUUUGCAAUGCUUCAAAGAACACCACGAGUUGCACUUACAUUAUCACUUGUUCUAUUUUCCCUCACAAUAGUCCCUGCUUUAUAUUCUCUCAUAGCCAAUCCAACCUUACCUCUACUGAUCUCAUCAUCCGAGACUGAUGGCCCCUUUCCAUCGGAUCAUAUGCAUCCAUCUGUUCGGAUUCUACCACCCGUGGAUAGUCCCAUUCCCGCUCCACUCAAUUAUACAAGACAUCGGAAGUCUUCAUAUCACUCGCCCCCAGUCACAACGUCAACAUCAAGGACGCAGAUAAGAGAUGAUGAGCAGAGGUGUGAUCUUUUCAAAGGGGAAUGGAUACCAAACGAAGAAUCACCAUACUAUAACAACGCAACUUGCUGGGCGAUACAGGAGCACCAGAACUGCAUGAAGUUCGGGAGACCGGACACAGGGUUCAUGAGAUGGAGGUGGAAGCCGGACGGCUGCGACCUCCCCAUCUUUGAUCCUAAUGAGUUUUUAGAAAUGGCUAGAGGGAAGUCCAUGGGGUUUGUUGGUGAUUCCAUUAGCAGAAACCAAGUCCAGUCUCUCUUGUGCCUUCUCUCUAGGGUGGAAUAUCCUGAAGACAUUUCUUCUUCACCAGACACAGCUUUCAAAGUAUGGAACUACACAUCCUAUAACUUCACUCUACAUGUCAUGUGGUCACCGUAUCUAGUGAAGACUACUAAAGCUGACCCAACAGACCCGGAGUGCAACCUGUUCAACCUAUACCUAGACGAGUAUGAUACCAAGUGGACGAGCCAGAUCAACCAGCUUGACUACCUGGUUAUAUCAUCAGGCCACUGGUUUUACCGGCCUGUUAUUUUCUACGAAAACGAAACAAUCUCCGGAUGCCAAUACUGCGCGUUACCAAACACAACUCAGUUGCCUCUGUACUACGGAUACAGGAAGGCUUUAAGAACAUCUCUAAGAGCUAUACUCGAGAAUUUCAAGGGUUUGGCAGUUUUGAGGAGUUUUUCUCCUCAGCAUUUCGAAGGUGGACCCUGGGACAAAGGUGGCGACUGUGUAAGGACACGACCUUACAGAAGAAACGAGACGAUACCCGAAGGUGCAGAUCUCAAGAUUCACGACAUUCAACUAGAGGAAUUUAGAGCUGCUGAAGAAGAGAUGAAGAAGAAGGGCUUGAGACUGAGGCUGAUGGACACGACACAAGCAAUGCUACUUCGACCAGAUGGGCAUCCUGGGAGAUAUGGCCAUCUCCAGACUGCAGAGGUGAGUUUAAGAAAUGAUUGUAUCCAUUGGUGCCUCCCGGGACCGAUUGAUUCUUGGAAUGAUAUCUUGCUGCAAAUGAUGAAGACAGAGAAGUAGAAACCAUCCCUCAAGAAUGAGUAGAUGAGACCAAUAUCUUAAAUCAACACAAAAUUGUAAAGAAAGAUUAUUGUAGGAGUCUUAGUAUUUGAUUGCUAUGUAUUUUAUAUGCAGUGUUAUGAUUCCAUUGCGCAAACUAAAAGCGCAAUAGAGUUCUUUUA